AUGAGGGUAUCAUCAUUUGUUUAUUCAUUCGCUUUAGCUUCCUUUGUGUUUGCUGAAACAGAAACAGAAUCAGAUCCAUCAUCAUCAUCAUCAGAAGAUACUUUAAUUACAACUGCUCCAACUUCAACUACUGCAGAUAAUCCAUACGCAACUUACCCAAGUGUUCCAAGAACUGCUUCCAUAAAUGGAUUUGCUGAUAGAAUAUAUGAUCAAUUACCAGAAUGUGCUAAACCAUGUAUGUUUCAAAAUACAGGAAUUACACCAUGUCCAUAUUGGGAUACUGGAUGUUUAUGUAUAAUGCCAAUGUUCCAAGAUCUUGUUGGAUCAUGUAUUGCUCAGAAUUGUUAUGGUGAAGAUGUUUUAGAUGCUAGAUCUUUAGCUACAUCAAUAUGUUCAAGUGCUGGAGUUUGGGAACCAUAUUGGAUGCCACCUGCUAGUGUUAGUUCUGCAUUAGAAGUUGCUGCUACUGCUGUUCCUGCUGUUGAAACUGGUGCUGCUGAAUUAACUGAAGAAUCAACAUCAACUGAAGAAUCAACAUCAACUGAAGAAUCAAUAUCAACUGAAGAACCAACAUCAACUGAAGAAUCAUCAUCUGAAGAAAGCUCAACUACAUCAGAAGAAAGUUCAUCAUCAUCAGAUUCAUCAACAUCAGAAGAAACUACAUCAACUUCAGAAGAUACUUUAAUUACUACUGCUCCAACUUCUACUACUGCAGAUAAUCCAUAUGCAACUUAUCCAAGUGUUCCAAGAACUGCUUCAAUCAAUGGAUUUGCUGAUAGAAUCUAUGAUCAAUUACCAGAAUGUGCUAAACCAUGUAUGUUUCAAAACACAGGAGUUACACCAUGUCCAUACUGGGAUACUGGAUGUUUAUGUAUAAUGCCAAUGUUCCAAGGUCUUGUUGGAUCAUGUAUCGCUGAAAAUUGUUAUGGUGAAGAUGUUUUAGAUGCAAGAUCAUUAGCUACUUCAAUUUGUUCAAGUGCUGGAGUUUGGGAACCUUAUUGGAUGCCACCUGCUAGUGUUAGUUCUGCAUUAGAAAUUGCUGCCACUGCUGUUCCUGCUAUUGAAACUGGUACUACUGAAUUAACUGAAGAAUCAUCAACUGAAGAAAUUUUAUCAAGUUCAUCAUCAACUGAAGAAUCAACAUCUGAUGAAAGUUCAACUACAUCAGAAGAAAGUUCAUCAUCACCAGAUUCAUCAACAUCAGAAGAUACUUUAAUUACUACUGCUCCAACUUCAACUACUGAAGAUAAUCCAUAUGCUACUUAUCCAAGUGUUCCAAGAACUGCUUCAAUCAAUGGAUUUGCUGAUAGAAUUUAUGAUCAAUUACCAGAAUGUGCUAAACCAUGUAUGUUUCAAAAUACAGGAGUUACACCAUGUCCAUACUGGGAUACAGGAUGUUUAUGUAUAAUGCCAACUUUCCAAGGUGCUGUUGGAUCAUGUAUCGCUGAAAAUUGUUAUGGUGAAGAUGUUUUAGAUGCAAGAUCAUUAGCUACAUCAAUUUGUUCAAGUGCUGGUGUAUGGGAACCAUAUUGGAUGCCACCUGCUAGUGUUAGUUCAGCUUUAGAAGUUGCUGCUACUGCCGUUCCUGCUGUUGAAACUGGUACUACUGAAUCAAGUGAAGAAUCAAUAUCAACUGAAGAACCAAACUCAACUGAAGAACCAAAUUCAACUGAAGAACCAAAUUCAACUGAAGAAUCAAUUACAACAGAAGAAUCAACUACAUCAAGUGAAGAAUCAAUAACAACCGAAGAAUCAUCAACAUCAGAAGAUACCUUAAUUACAGAUGCUCCAUCGUCAACUUCAACUGAUAAUCCAUAUGCUACUUAUCCAAGUGUCCCAAGAACAGCUUCAAUUAAUGGUUUUGCUGAUAGAAUAUAUGAUCAAUUACCAGAAUGUGCUAAACCAUGUAUGUUUCAAAACACAGGAGUAACACCAUGUCCAUACUGGGAUACUGGAUGUUUAUGUAUAAUGCCAAUGUUCCAAGGUCUUGUUGGAUCAUGUAUCGCUGAAAAUUGUUAUGGUGAAGAUGUUUUAGAUGCUAGAUCAUUAGCUACUUCAAUUUGUUCAAGUGCUGGUGUAUGGGAACCUUAUUGGAUGCCACCUGCUAGUGUUAGUUCUGCAUUAGAAGUUGCUGCUACUGCUGUUCCUGCUACAGUUACUAUUACUACUGAAUCAAUAGAAGAAACUUCAUCAAUUGUUGAAACUACUUCAGAAGAAUCUUCAGUAUCAAUUACAUCAUCAACUACAUCUUUUGCAUCACCAACUGCCUUACCAACUGAUCCAGUCAAUCCUGAAGAACCAUUCACAAUUACUUUUUCAUUACAAGGAUCAUUUUCUUAUUUCACAACUGAUGGAAGAUCAAUCAAAUUAUUUAGUGGUGCUGUUGUUACUUUUGUAAUUGAAGAUGGUUACCUUAAAGUAUCAGAAAACGAGUUUAUUCAAGUCACAUCAAAUGGUGCUUUAAUUAUUGUUGAAAAUGUUGAAGAUGCAACUAAUGGAUGGGGAAUUGUUGAAAAUAGAUUAUCAUUAACUUUACCUGAAACUAAGAGAGGAUUAUUUAAACGUGAAGAUGAAGUUCAAUUCCAAUCAUGUCCUGCUGAAGAAGGAAGUGAUGUUCAUAUUGGUGAUAAUAAUGAAGGUUGUACUUCAAUUGAAGCUGCUGCUGAAAAUGUUGAUAAUGAUGAACAAUCUACAACUACUGAAGGUGAAACAACUGAAGAAAAUAACACAUCAACAACAGCUGAAGAAUCUACAACAGAUGAAACUACAACUCAAGAUAGUACUACCUCGGAAGAAACAUCAACUGAAGAAUUAACAUCAACUGAAGAAUCAACAUCAACUGAAGAAUCAACAUCAACUGAAGAAUCAUCAUCAACUGAAGAAUCAUCAUCAACUGAAGAAUCAACUGCAUCAACUGAAGAAUCAUCAUCAACUGAAGAAUCAUCAUCCACUGAAGAAUCAACUGCAUCAACUGAAGAAUCGUCAACAUCAGAAGAUACUUUAAUUACAGAUGCUCCAUCAUCAACUUCAACUGAUAACCCAUAUACUACUUACCCAAGUGUUCCAAGAACUGCUUCAAUCAAUGGAUUUGCUGAUAGAAUCUAUGAUCAAUUACCAGAAUGUGCUAAACCAUGUAUGUUCCAAAACACAGGAGUUACACCAUGUCCAUACUGGGAUACUGGAUGUUUAUGUAUAAUGCCAAUGUUCCAAGGUCUUGUUGGAUCAUGUAUUGCUGAAAAUUGUUAUGGUGAAGAUGUAUUAGAUGCAAGAUCAUUAGCUACUUCAAUUUGUUCAAGUGCUGGAGUUUGGGAACCAUACUGGAUGCCACCUGCAAGUGUUAGUUCUGCUUUAGAAGUUGCUGCUACUGCUGUUCCUGCUGUUGAAACUGGUACUACUGAAUCAAGUGAAGAAUCAAUAUCAACUGAAGAACCAAACUCAACUGAAGAACCAAAUUCAACUGAAGAACCAAAUUCAACUGAAGAAUCAAUUACAACAGAAGAAUCAACUGCAUUAAGUGAAGAAGUAUCAUCAACUGAAGAAACAUCAUCAACUGGAGAAACAACAUCAACUGAAGAAUCAUUAUCAACCGAAGACUCAUUAUCAACUGAAGAAUCAUCAACAUCAGAAGAUACAUUAAUAACUACUGCUCCAUCAUCUACAUCAACUGAUAACCCAUAUGCAACUUAUCCAAGUGUUCCAAGAACUGCUUCAAUCAACGGAUUUGCUGAUAGAAUAUAUGAUUACUUACCAGAAUGUGCUAAACCAUGUAUGUUCCAAAACACAGGAGUUACACCAUGUCCAUACUGGGAUACUGGAUGUUUAUGUAUAAUGCCAACAUUCCAAGGUGCUGUUGGUUCAUGUAUUGCUGAAAACUGUCGUGGUGAAGAUGUAUUAGAUGCAAGAUCAUUAGCUACAUCAAUUUGUUCAAGUGCUGGUGUAUGGGAACCUUAUUGGAUGCCACCUGCUAGUGUUAGUUCAUCAUUAGAAUAUGCUGCUACUGCUGUUCCAGCUUCCGAAACAGGUACAACAGAUUCAUCAUCAACAUCUACAGGAACUUCAUCAGAUUCAACAACAACAGAUGCUACUAAUUCAUCAGAAUCCCAAUCAUCAGAAACUCCAGAUUCAACUGUUUCAUCUUUUUCAAGUUUAGAAGCUUCUCCAUCAUCAUCAAAUCCAAUUAGUUCAUCCAAUCCAAGUGACUCAGCCAUGGAAUCUGAAUCAAUAACUACAACUGAAGAACCAACCACAUCAUCAGAUUCCUUAAUUACUUCUGCUCCAUCAUCUGAAUCAACUGAUAAUCCAUAUGCUACUUAUCCAAGUGUUCCAAGAACUGCUUCAAUCAAUGGAUUUGCUGAUAGAAUCUAUGAUCAAUUACCAGAAUGUGCUAAACCAUGUAUGUUUCAAAAUACAGGAGUUACACCAUGUCCAUACUGGGAUACUGGAUGUUUAUGUAUAAUGCCAACAUUCCAAGGUGAAGUUGGAUCAUGUAUUGCUGAAAACUGUCGUGGUGAAGAUGUAUUAGAUGCAAGAUCAUUAGCUACAUCAAUUUGUUCAAGUGCUGGAGUUUGGGAACCUUAUUGGAUGCCACCUGCAAGUGUUAGUUCAUUAUUAGAAUCUGCUGCUUCUGUUGUUGAAACUACUGAUUCCUAUUCAACAUCAUCAACAAUCACAGGAAGUGAAACCAUAUCAUCAACUGCUUCAGACGAAAUUACUACCGCAGACUCAGCCUCAAUUAGCUCAGAUACUUCAACUGCCUCAGACGAAGAAAUCACAACUACAGACUCAGCAUCAAUUAGUUCAGAUACUUCAACUACAAUAGAAACUUCAUUACCAACUGAAUCUGUCUCACCAGAUGAAUCAUUUACAUUAUCUGUCUUAUUCAAUGGAGAAGUUACAAGAUUUGAAUCAAAUGGAACUCACAUUAAAUUAUUUGAUGGAUCAUUAGCUGAAUUUGCAAUUGAAGAUGGAUUAUUACAUGUUAUCAAUGUUGGAUAUAUUCAAUUAGGAGAAUUAGGUGAAUUAAUUAUUGGUGAUAUUGAAAAUGCUACAAAUGGUUGGGGACUUGAAGAUAAUAAAUUAACAUUAGCUACUACAUUGGCUAGAUUUUUGAAACGUCAAGAAGUGGUUCAAUUCUAUGUUUGUCCAGCUGAAGUAGGUUAUGAUGUACGUGUUACUGGUGGUGAAGGUUGUAUAGCAGUUGAAGUAAGUGCUGGUAAUAUUGAAGUUCCAAUUCCAACAUCAAGUGAAGUAAUAACAUCAAUUGAAUCAACUUCUUCUGAUGAUCUUAGUGAAACUUCAGUUAUAGAUACAAGUUCUAAUUCUGCUUGGAAUUCAUCAAUUGCUACAACAGGAACUGCAUCAGAUGAAACUACAUCACAAACUGGAUCAAUUUUACCAUCUGCAUCAACAUUAAGUGGCUCAAUUACUCCUACUACAACAUAUCCAUCAACUUCAAUAAUUACAUCAACUGGAACAUCUACUGAUAUAGAAGGAAAUGAACUGAUCUUUACUACUACUCAAACAAUUACUGAAGUAAGUAUAUAUUGUGCAUUAUCAUCAGCUAGUUCAGAACAAAGUGAAGCCAAUGAAAUUCAAACAAGUGCUGCUGCUGCUCAAUCAACAAUAAUUGAACAUCAACAAAGUGUAGUUACUGUUAUUGUAUCAUGUGAAUCAGCUAUAUCAUCAUUAGAAUCAGUUAAAUCAAUUGCUGAAGUUGUUACUAAAACAGAAAUAAUUGCAAGUUGUGAAAGUGAAAUUGAAUCAUUAUCAUCAAUUGAAGAAGGUGCAAAAGAAACAUUAGAAUCAAUUGUAAAAGAACAUGAAUCAAUAGUAUUAAUUCAAAAAUCUGCUGCUUCAAAACAACAAUCUGCUGUAUCAGUUUUAUUAAGUGAAGCUAAUUUACAAACAUCAACUGAAAUAAAAGCUCAAGCUGAAUCUGCUGCUUAUGAAGCAUUUAAAGCUAAAGUUGAAGCAUCCCAAGCUGAAAAUAUUCAAAAAUUAGCUGAAGAAACUGCUACUGUUUAUAUUACAUCAACUGAAACUGCUAUACAUUCUGAACAAACUGGAACUGUUGCUGCUCAAACUCAACAAGGUCAACAAGCUCAAACUACUGGUACUUCAGAAGGAACUAUUGAAAAUGGAGAAUCAACUGAAUCAGCUGAAUCAGGUCAACAAGGUGGGCAAGCAAACGAAGGAAAUGAAUCAUCUAAUCAAACAAUUGCAGGAGAAGGAAGACCAGCUGAAUCAACAUUAGUUUCAAGUAUAAGUUCAGGUCCAAAUAUUGAAUCAUCAUCACCAUCAUCAUCUUCUGACUCACAAGGUAUUGCUGCUGGUGAAGGAUCACAAGUAGGAUCAGAAUCAAGUUCAACUACAUCAUCAACUGGAUCAAAUAUUACUGAAUUAGCUAAUGCUGGAUCUUCAAUAACUUCAAAUUUCAAAUUAAGUUUAUUAAGUUCAAUAAUUGCAAUAUUUGUAAUUUUCAUUUAA